AUGGAGACCUUCCUCAGGAAGCGGCUGACCUUCCUGUCCUUCUUCUGGGACAAGGACUGGCUGGUGAGAGAGCCAGGCGGUAGCAUUCCCAGGCCUGCGGAUCCUGCCACUGACCUGGGGGCAGAGGCCUCUGCCUCCAUGGAGCCCUGCAGCCACUUGGCACGAGGCAAGCAGCUCUAUCUUGCCCUGUAUGACUUCACUGCAUGAUGCGCAGAGGAGCUGACUGUCAGCCGUGGGGAACAGCUCUACGCCCUCGAUGAGACCCACUACAUCUUUGCUUGCAGGCUCUCAGGCAGGCCUGGCACCGGGCUUGUGCCCAUCACUUGUGUCACCAGGGCCACCACGGAGGCACUCACAGACCAACCAUGAGUACCUCACUGGUUCUUCAGCGGGACCAGCCGGACACAGGCCCAGCAGCUGCUUCUCUCCCCUGACAACGCUCCAGGGGCCUUCCUCGUGCAGCUCAGUGAGAGCAGCCUUGGGGGGUACUCGCUGUCAGUUUCCAAUAGAGGCUUGAGUGAGGAACAGAUUGCCCUGAAGGGUCACGGGGUGCAUGACCCCUUUUUGUCUUGCUCAGUGCCCUCUACAGCCUUUGCUGGUGGCCCUGAGCUCCCUUCCCUGCAGGCCCUGAGCCUUGCCCUGCUGCUGAGGUUUGUCUGCCAGGUAGCUGAGGGCAUGAGCUACCUGGAGCAGCAGUGCAUCGUGCACAGAGACCUGGCUGCCAGGAAUGUGCUUGUGGACAAUGACCUUGCCUGUAAGGUGGCUGACUUCCGCCUGGCCCAGCUGCUCAAGGAUGACAUUUACUAGAGCAGUGGCUCCAAGAUCCCCAUCAAGUGGACGGCACCUGAGGCGGCCAGCUACAGCUACCGGGUGUUCUCCCAGAAGUCAGAUGCCUGGUCCUUUGGUGUCCUGCUGUACGAGGUCUUCACCUGUGGUCAGUGUCCCUAUGAAGGAAUGACCAACCGUGAGACAUUGCAGCAGGUCAUGCGUGGGUACCGCUGCCCCGGGGAGGUCUACGCACUCAUGCUGGACUGCUGGAGGGCCAGCCCAGAUAAGCGGCCUGCCUUCGCAGCACUGCAGGAGAAGCUGCAUACUCUCCACCAGUGUCUCCCCCAGGUCCCACUAUGA